UAAACUAUGUUUGCUUAGGCGGAAAAGGAGUGUUCCUGGAUUUAGAUACAAAUAGCCGACCAGAUAGCUGGCUUGUCCAGUCUUGCUUAUACGCUUUCCCUGUUUCGUGCUAUCUUUCUUGCCGUUGUUCCUACUGAAAUCUUUGGGCUCGUAAAGGAUUAUGGAAAGUCUCGAGUUUCCUAGUGAAGAGUUCUUCAGUCAUACCUACUGCUCUCUUACCUGAAUAGUGAUAUGCCUAAAAAGGAUUUGUGGAUAGGGACAGCUGACCCAGAACCCAGAGCAAUUGUUCACAGUGCAGGCAGUUGUGACAGUAUGAUCAGCAACGACUCCAGCUUGUCCGGAAAGAGUGACAGUGGCUAUGACUAUCUAUCAGUGGCGGAGAAAGAAUGUCUUAUGUUCCUUGAAGAAACACUAGACUCUCUGGAUACUGAAGGAGACAGCGGAGUUUCUACUGAUGAGGCAGAGACAGCUGAGUCUUCUAAGCAUCCACGGACGUGGCCUAUGAGAGAUGUUCCUAAAGAGCUGGAUCAUGAAAAUCUAGGAAAGCACAACAAAAUUGAACCAAAGAGCAAAAAAUGUCUUUCUGGCUCUGUUCCUGUUGUCACCCCAAAUCCAGGUCACCAUAUCUUUCCAAGGAACAUCAGCGUAAAAAGUGCUCCCAAGGAUUCCCUUGCUGAAGCAACAGGGUCUAAUGUUGCUGAUUCUCUGAAAUGCCAGACUUCUUGGGGGUCUCCUAAGCACGAGCCAGUGGACAUACCAAAUGACAAGCCUAAAAUGAGCUCCCAGUUAAGGCCAUCUAACUUGGAAUCUAUAGUCAUCCCACCCCCUGAACCUUUCCAGGACCAGCGGAGGAGUCAUCCCAGAAGUGGGCAAGAUCCAAGUGGGACACCUCACUAUGAAAAUAAGAGGAAUGUUGAUGUAGUGGAAGGAUAUGGGGCUGCAGCUACCCAGACGGAACUUUCACUAGAUAAGUUGGGGGUAGCAAUUGGGAAAGAAGCCAUUCUGAAACCUCUCUCUCCUAAAAGUAGCAAGAAGAUUUCUGAACAAAUUACUGCUGCUCAAGAAAAUUAUCAAAAACCUACACUGGAAGAACCUGCCCUAGAUCCCAACUUCAAGCAAGGUCCUCCCACUGCCCCCAAACCCAGGAAACUGCCACCCAAUAUUAUCCUUAAAACCAGCAAAGGUAAUGCUGUGUCGCUCAAUGUGGAUCCCAGUCACAAGAUAAAGGUUCUGGCUCCAUCAAACGGCAGGCCCAGAGCUGCAACUGGUGACUUUUCCAUGGAAAAAGUUCAUUCGAUCCAAAAUGAACAGGGGAGAGCCAGGAGAGAAGCUCUUAAGAAACUGGGUCUCCCAUUAGAUCAAGAAAAAGAUCCCGAUGAUCAUGUGAUCAAAACUACACCUUACUCAAUUCCAAGAGAAACUCCCAGGACAAGCAGCAGGGAGAAUGUAAAUAUGGAUAAUGUCACCUCUGAUAAGAAAUCUGAUGAACAGCACAACCAGGUUGGUGGGAAAGAAAUCUACCCAGUGGAUAUCAACCUUGCAGCUGUCAAGCAAGUCAAUGUCAAAUCCAAAACACUGGAGCGUUCAGGUGUCGGUUUGAGCAGUUGCAUCUCUUCUGGGAGCGAGGACCAGAAUAUUAAGAACAGUGGUUCACUUGGCAAAAUGUCGUUUUUUGACAAGAUCACUCCAAACUUCCUACGCAGUAGCCGGCCACGCCCAGCUUCCCUUGGCACAGGGAAAGACUUUGUUGAUCUGAAGGAAAACAAAAUGCAUAAUGCUGAGUUGGAAAAAAGCGACAAACGACGAUCUUAUCCACUUCAGCCCCCCUCUAAGCUGCCCAGGCAACCGUGUGUCAGUGUAAAGAUCACCCCUAAGGGGGCCACAGAGGAGCAUAGGAAGGAGGCUUUGAAAAAACUUGGUCUAUUGAAGGAGUAAGCCAAAUCAUUUGAUUAGUACAAAAACUGUGUGUUCAGUUGUGGAUAAUGAGUAUACUUGCUUGCUCCCUCCGCUUCUUCAGCUAAAAUGGGAGGAAUUGCAGCAUAGGAUGAAGGUCUUGUCUAGUCUGUAGACAUUCUUGAUGGAUUAACCAGCACUGGCUUCAGCUGUCUGCACAAGAACUAGUACUUCUGUAGAGGAGGAUUAAUUCUGCCAUUUACAUCUGCCACCACCUUUAUAGGAUCUUAGGGUGUUGUAUAUAGUGUAUAAAAGUAUGAUUAUGUAGGUAUGUAUGAAUGUAUGACUAUGUAAUAAGUAUGUGGUUAACUGGAAGGGGGAACUCUCAAGGAUCUAAGUUGUAAUUACUAUGCCAAACUAUGAACUCAUAGGCCUUGUAACAAGACGACAGCCAUAUGGCUAGAAAUCUUUGGUUAAGAUUGAGUUGCAAUAAUGUUUUUUGGUUCAUUUUUAAAACUCUGGGCCUGAUAAUCUGCUGCACACAGUGUAGCUGGUGGAAUCAGGAGGCCUGUUUGUAUCCACUGAGAUGACGCAUGCGCUAGAUAUUUAAUAAACUGGCAAGAAUGCAUCGGAUAUGAAUCUUAAGUGUCAAGUUCAUGAAUGAUAAGUACUUGCCAAUUCACCUCCAACAUGUCUUCAAAAUGGCUGGCUAGAAUUUGAUUAAAAGCAAAUGAAUACUAGAACUAGAAUUGAUCUGGUUGAUGGUAGUUUGUUGUACCUGCUUAUGUGAACAAAUUACUGUUGUAUGCUCAUUGAAAAUCAUGCAGUAUUCUAGAAUGAAAAUUGCAUUAAAAAUUGAAAAAUAAACUAUUUUAUAUGGAGGAAA